AUGCCCUAUCGUUUAGACACUCACGUCUUGACAGUGGAUGCAAACGUCAUCCACAAGGUCGAUACUGGCAAUCCCGCUAAUUUGUAUAGCAUGUGGACUGUCUUUUCUCGCUGCGCAGACUCUGUUGAACAAGGCCGAAGACUAGAGAACCUCAGCUGGCGACUCUGGCAAAGAGAAACCUUUGUUGUCGAUAACGAGGAGAAGAUCUCUCCUGCCACUGAGACCCUCCCCCAGAACAUCCCCUCCGAGUCAAGGAUAUCUGAUCUACCUCAGCUAUCUGGUAGCGUCGACUCCCUCGUAGACGAGGAAGCUGUCGACUUUGCCCCAGUAUCAGCGCCACUUGAGAUUGCCCGCCCCCGUGUACGACGACAAGACUCUUGCGCCAGCACCCGAAGCAAACGCGAACGCCACAUCAGUUCGGACGACUUCGAGAAGAUGAUUGUCUCUAUUGUCAAGGACAAGGGUCCUCUCUCCGCCCCUCCCCACGUUGCGCCAGUGGCCAAGCAGUCCCUGCCUGUGCCUUCUGCAUUCGAGCGAUCUGGUUCUACCACUACCGAGUCGCAAUCACCUGCCAAAUCAACAGCCUCUGAGGGUUCGCCACAGCCUUCGCCCCAGAGCCUCUCUCGCACCACUGUCGUGCGUGGCUUCUCACCUUCCCAGAUUCCCACUCCCCGAACCAUCUCUGGUGCUCAAUUGUCGCAUGCGAUCCCCGAACCCAAGUCUUCACCUGCCGCAAAGGUUGUUCAGUCUAAGAAGCCUGCUCGCUUUGCGCUUGGUGGCUCUUGUUCGUCUAGUGAACAGGACCAGAGCCUAAGCACCAGCAAGCCUAUCAUCCCCAUCAUCAAGAAGCCCGUGUUCCAAAUUGGUGGUUCAUCUGAAGAGGAUGGAUCCCUCAGGAGUGCCAUGGCUUCGUCUCGACCUAGUUCGCUCCUGUCUGCUCGCAAGAAGCAAGCUUCUUUCAGUAACAAUGUCAUGACCCGAACUAUCGAUGAUGAUGAUGAGGCUGCUGUGGACUCUGACAGCGACGACUACAUCGACGAGAGCGCCAUCGAUGAUGAUGACGACUCAUCCGACUGGGAGGACUCUAUGGAGGAGAGUGGCAAGUCUAGCAUGGACGACAGAUUCUUCCAGCGAGUUGACUCCAAGCCCAACCUGACUUCGCGACGAUCUCUCAUCACUCUCAUGCUUGCUCAGAAUGAUCGCUCACGCAACCUUGGUGGCCACGCUUCCCAAUCGACAUCAGCUAUUCCCCGAUCUCGAUUGGUCAACGGCCCUUCACUGGCUGCCUCGCCUAAUGAUUCCGACGAGGCCCCAUUGAUGAUGAAGGGUAUGCGCGGCCCUGGCCUCAAGCCUAUCCAUGAGGUUCCCAGGUCUACCGCCCAGCCCAUCAUGACUGGCCCUAACCACCUUCAGCCUCAGGCUGCGUUGUCACCUCGCACAACUCGCCGCAACAUGUUGGCGACUGAGUUGACCGAGUCUCUUCGACGUCACCUCCUCUGGGAGCGACAGCAAAAGUCAUCAACAGCCAAUGCUGUCCUUAAGCGACGACACACAUCACACGAUGUUGCCAACUUGAAGCAAUUCCCCGAGAAGCCUUGCAUGAAGCAGAGCGAGGAUGUGAACGCGAGCAGCUGGAACCAAUACUUUUCCAAGGAGGCCAGCGACGGAUACCACUCCAAGGGAUGGUAA